GUACACAAACACACGUGUUAAUUUAGGCGUUAAUUUAACGUGAAAUAACUAGUGCAAAAUGACACGACCCUUGGUGGCAUUUCCUUGGUUUGACAGAGUCGAAGUGAGAAAUGUAUUUGAUGAACUAUACAGCGACAAAGUUUCGCAGCAGAAACAUGCCCUUGAUAGAAUCUCGGUGUGGGAAUCCAGAGCUCUCAAUAGACUGCCCAUGGCUGUUGAUAGCACUGCAGCAUUAGUAAAAGCCAACAUUGAGUAUACUAAAUCAUCACACCCAGUGGGAAAUUGUCACCGUCUUAGAGAACUAUAUAGCAUGGCCGUUAUUAGGUUUGUGAAUAUCUUUACAGAGCGGAAUCAACAGAAGGCGCAUGCUUUACCUGUUCACCUGGCAGCAUCCUAUCUGGGAGUUCCAAACUGGAUUGUUGACUUGCGACAUGAUGCCACACACGCUGCGCUGCCCUCUUUGACUGAGCUUAGAGCUGCUACGCAGUGGUGCCUUGAUUGGCUGAAAACUGAGUUUUGGGAAGUGCAAUGUCAAGAUACGUUUAAGGCCACUGAAAUAAAAACUGGUCAUGUAGAUAAGUUGCGGGAUAUGCUCGUUACUUACAUGCAAAGUAAAUUUCAAGACAUAAUGGAUGAUUCAUCUUCAACGUCUAAAGCAUUAAUUUCAAAAAUAGAAGAUACUAUUUCUGAAAUGGGAAGUGAGGCUUGUCAGGUGUUGUUGGAAGAUGGCUACUUCAUACUGACAGAGGGACAGUUGCAAAGCAUCAAUGUGGAGAGGAACAGUAUUCUUCAGACGGAUCAGUGUCUGUUGCCAUUGGAAAUGCUUCAGUUUUGGAGACCUGUGAUUUUCAUAUUACAAAGAUAUGACCUUAUCUCAGUCCUCCUCCUGCAAAUUCUAACAAACCUGAGUAGUACGAAGAGUCUCAGAAAUGCACUGUUGUCUAAGUGGUUCUUCACACUCCUUGAUUGUUCAGACAGUCAGAAAAGUAACAAGAAGAAACUGCUGAUACUUAAUGCUACUGAUGUGCCAUACAAAGCACUUCUGGCCAAGUGCCUGUUUCAAGAAAAUUGUUUUCUCCAAUCAAGUGUUAGUAUGCUGAUAGAUAAUGGAAAUUUAAGUCUAGAGCAGAAACAAAACCUCAAAGAACUCGUGUUCAUUUAUCAUUCAGUCAAUGAAAUAGAAACACCCAAAGCUGAAACUGGAAAUAUUAAUCCCUGUUUGCUGGAAAGCUCUAUCACAACAAAAUCUAGUUCACCAUGGAGAAGAUGUACAGCUUCGAUUGACUGGAGUCAGGUACCUUUAGGGCUUCUCCCAGACCAAGUGAUCACCUAUACUUCUUUAGAACUGGGGGGUCUGGAAACGGCAAGCAUGCAUUACCUUCAAACGGAGACAGUGAGUUUUGAAGUUGAUGAGGAGAAUGAAAUUAUUGAUGAAAUUACUGAAGGCAAUGUUGAAGUCAUGGAAACUGAAGAAGACAUGUCAGCUGAUAGUUUGUGUUGGACUGAUCAAAUCUGUUCAAAUAUAACCAGAGACAUUGUGCUGUUAUAGUACCAAAUGUGAAGAAUAGUUAUAUUUUAAGCAGUUAACAGUAUUUGUAAUUUGUACUGUUGUUUUAAAAUAUGUGGAAUGUUUGAUUUGUAAACAAAAAUAAAAUGCAUUUUUAAUUAUGAUGUGAAUAAAUACCAUAUAAUAAG